AUGGAUACGCUACCACAGGAGCUCAUCAACAAAAUCGUCUUGUGUCUAGAGCGCUAUUCUGGUCAGUCACAGGCCCCAAUAAUUGAACAACAGGGAGACCACUCUAAGCUCCCACCGUAUGCGACAAUCUCUAGCCGCUGGAGAAAGGCUGUGGAAUUCGUCACGUUCCAUCGUUUGUCAAUCAAGAGCCAUGAGCUGAGUCAGCUCGAGGUCAUGAUGACCGGCAAUCGUCCGAAAUAUCUAAAGAGACUUUCCUUCGCGAUUACACUACCAGAGUACUCGGAAGAAAGCUGUGGACGUGUUGAGUCGAUAGAAGAACAACGAUGCAACGAUGAAACCUUCACCCAAGCUAUCAUAGACUUGUUUUCCUUAGUGAGAAAGUGGGAAGAUGCAGGCCUGGUACAUGGUCUACGACUACAGCUACACGGUGCAUAUUCCCCGACCGAUCUUCGUGACUGGAACCAAAUCAGGCUUGAAAUGGCACAACACAAGCGAGGGAUAGACAUUUUCGAAGAACGAUGGGAAAACUCCUACCUCCAUCUCUCCAGACCGGAAAGGAUACCCACGCUCUCGAGCAUCGUAUAUCUCCGCAUUACGGGCCACAUUUUCCGGAAGCUGGCACCUGUGGUCGGACCAGGUCUAGCUGCAUUUUUACCCAACCUGCAGAGUUUCUACUGGGAAUUCGGAGAGGUAGACGACACGUCCAUUAACGUGGAAAGCAGGGCCUCAUUCGCGAGGAUGCUCAACCAGACUAAGCUUGACAAAUGCUGUGCGGCUGAGAUCACCUUCAAUCAAGACCCUGCAUCGGACCAACGCGUGGCAGAGCCUUCGCGCAUACCAACAGGCGCACUCUACGAUCCGUUCAGCGUAUCUCUGCGUAACUUUUCGCAAAACCUGACUUCUCUUGUUCUGAACGGCUAUGUGGACUCAACUCUGUUCUGGCCUCCAAGCCUUGAGACAAGCUCCAUGCCUAGCUGGCCGACCCUCAAGAAGCUGACAGUCUUCUUCAAUAUGGCCGCCCCGUCUGGGGAGUGGUACUUUGACGGAACACCACCAGGCGAGAUUGAGGAGCAGUGGGGCGGCAGUAUCGUGCAGUUUCGCGACCGUGAAGACGCAAAGACCUUGAAUCCGUUUGUCACGGCUUUCGCAAAGGCGGUGCAACAGAUGCCGGCCCUCGAACAUUUUCUGCUAGAAACGGAGCUUGGCCACGACAUAGGCUACUGGGAGAUAUCGUACUAUGCACCUGGGAUAAAAGAGGAUGGGCACGAUAACGAAGAUGGCGCAGUCUUCAAGCGCAAUGUUGCCGCACUCACAAAAGCUCACCAUGUCAUCAUACCCGAUCUGCGCGGCCACGGCGACUCCGGCAAACCAAAAGCCGGCUACAACGUGGCACGCCUAGCGAUGGAUCUCAAGAACUUGAUUGAGUUCUUCGGUUUCCGCGACGGCACCAUCAAAGCCAUAGGCACAAGCCUGGGUGCAGCUAUUCUAUGGAGUUACAGCGAAUUAUUCACGACUGGCGCAUUCUCACACAUGGUUUUCGUGGACCAAGCGCCACUGCAGAACUAUCUUGAGGAUUGGGGUCCUGAGUUCGGCAAUCUAGGAUGCAACAAUCUAGAAGCGCUAAACGCGAUGCAAAAGACACUCAUUGCGAAUCCGAAGGAGGCGCACCUUGGUACCAUCGCCGCGUGCUUGGGCUACAGAUCUCAUCCGCGACCCCGAGACCCUCGGUCGGAUUCGUCACAGUGGGAAGAUGACGAAGCGUUCUUCCUGGCUGAGGCUCUAAAGGGCGAUGGAUGGUGGUAUGGGAAGCUAAUGGCUGAUCAUACGGCGAAUGACUGGCGACAUCCCAUCGCUCAUGCUUUCGGACCAGAGAGCGGUAGUGAAACCAAGGUGCUGGUAGUAGCAAGUAGCCGAAGUGGAUGUUUUCCGGCUGCUGGACCGCUUAAGGUGGUGGAGCUGGUGAAUGGAGGCGAAAAGGAAGGGCUCGCGAAGGGAGUGACGGUGGACUGGGGUGGCCAUUGGUGUUAUUGGGAGAAGCCGGAGAUGUUCAAUGCGCUUGUCAUUGACUUCUUCUCGUGA